AUGAGUUCCACAAGACCCUUAAUUUUAUCACAUGGUUCAAUUGAACACGUUUUAUAUAUAGCAACAGAUUCAUACUUUGCUGCCUCUCAAUUAAAAGACCAAUUUGAAAAGCAAUUGCCAGAAGUUACUGAGGGCUUCGCCAGCGAUGACGAGCCUACUUCUUCUGUUGAAUUAUUGGGUAAAUUUAUUGGUUAUGUCGCUGGAUUUGCCGAUAGUGACGAAGCCUUUACCAAUGUUUUGAAUUCUUCUUUGAAUGAAUUUGAAUCCAAUUAUUUGAAGGGUAAUGAUAUACAUGCCUUGGCUGCCCAAUUGCUAAGUGACAGCACAGAUGAUGAAUCAAGUGAAAGCAACAACAACGAAGGUGAAGAAGAACAGAAUAUAGUGUAUCCUACUACAUUGGACAAGGCUAAGGAAUUAAUCAAAAACUAUUUAUACGCCAGAACUGCUUCUGGUAAACCAUUUGUUAAAUACGCGUCCACUCUAUUCAAGAGUUCUUUGCAAGAUAAGGACAAGACCAGCAUUGUUGCCAUUUUUGGUGGUCAGGGUAACACUGAUGACUACUUCGAAGAAUUGCGUGAGCUAUACAAUACCUACAACCCAUUGGUUUCUGAUGUUAUUUCUUAUGCAGCCAAGGUCUUGAAAAACUUGUCCAGUUCUACUGAAGAAGCUGAUAAGACAUUCACUGAAGGUUUGGAUGUUCUUCAAUGGUUGGAAAACCCAUCGUUAACACCAAAUACAGAAUAUUUAUUAUCUAUCCCGGUCUCUUGUCCUUUAAUUGGUGUUAUUCAAUUGGUUCAUUAUGCUUUAACUUGUAGAUUAUUGGGCUUCACCCCAGGUGAAUUACGUUCUCAUUUGCACAGGGGUGCCACAGGUCAUUCUCAAGGUUUAGCCACUGCUGUUGCCAUUGCCGAGUCUGAUUCUUGGGAAUCCUUUUUCAAUGCCAUUAAGAAAACAAUUUCCUUGUUGUUUUUCAUUGGUGUUCGUUGUGACCAAGUCUACCCAAACACUGGGUUGCCACCUAGUGUUUCUGUUGAUUCCAUUGAAAAUGGCGAAGGCACCCCAUCUCCUAUGUUAUCUAUUUCCAACAUGACCCAAGAGGAAGUUCAAACAUUUGUGGAUAAGACCAAUUCUCACUUACCAAAGGCAAAACAUAUUGUCAUUUCAUUAAUUAAUGGUGCUAGAAACUUGGUUGUCAGUGGUCCACCUCAAUCUUUGUACGGUUUGAACUUGGCUUUAAGAAAAGCUAAAGCUCCAACUGGAUUGGAUCAAACAAGAAUUCCAUAUAGCGAAAGAAAGUUAAAGUUCACCAACAGGUUUUUGCCAGUUGCCUCUCCCUUCCAUUCUCAUUUGUUGGAACCAGCCAAUGCUUUUAUUAAACAAGAUUUAAUUGAUGCUGGCAUUGAGUAUAAAAAUAGCGAUUUGAAGAUUCCAGUUUUCGACACUUUUAAUGGCAGUGAUUUACGUGACUAUAAAGAAUCCAUUGCAAACCGUAUUGCAUACUCUAUCACAACUUUGCCAGUUAAUUGGGAAAAAUCCACUCAACUGAAUUGCUCUCACAUUCUAGAUUUUGGUCCAGGUGGUGCUUCUGGUUUAGGUGUUUUGACACACCGUAACAAAGAUGGUACCGGUGUUAGAGUUAUUAUUGCCGGUGCUUUUGACAUUAACAAGGAGGAUGAUUAUGGUUUCAAACAAGAAAUUUUUGACACAACCAGCAAUGGGUUGAAAUACUCUGAGAACUGGUUAACAAAGUAUCAUCCAACAUUGGUGAAGACAAAAGCCGGUAAGAUGUUUGUUGAAACUAAAUUCUCCAAGCUAUUGGGUAGAGCCCCACUGUUGGUUCCAGGUAUGACUCCAACUACUGUCUCUCCAGACUUUGUUGCUUCUACAAUCAACGCUGGUUACCACAUUGAAUUGGCAGGUGGUGGUUAUUUCUCCCCAGCUGGCAUGACCAAGGCCAUUGAUGAUGUUGUAUCCAAGAUCAAGAAAGGUUACAGUUUGGGCAUUAAUUUAAUUUAUGUCAACCCAGCCAUGUUGCAAUGGGGUAUUCCGUUGAUCAAAGAGUUGAGAGAAAAAGGCUAUCCAAUCCAAUCCUUGACUAUUGGUGCCGGUGUUCCAUCUUUAGAGGUUGCUACUGAAUAUAUUGAAACUUUAGGCUUAACUCAUUUGGGUUUGAAACCGGGUUCUGUUGAUGCUAUUUCUCAAGUUAUUAACAUUGCCAAAGCUCAUCCACACUUCCCAAUUGUUCUUCAAUGGACGGGUGGUAGAGGUGGUGGUCACCAUUCUUUUGAAGAUUUCCAUCAACCAAUCUUGCAAAUGUACUCCAAGAUUAGAAGAUAUCCAAACAUUAUUUUGAUUGCAGGUUCUGGUUUCGGUUCUGCUGAAGAUACUUAUCCAUACUUGACUGGUAAAUGGUCUACCAACUUCAACUACCCACCUAUGCCAUUUGAUGGGUUCUUGUUUGGUUCCAGGGUUAUGAUUGCAAAAGAGGCCAAAACCUCUCCAGCCGCUAAAUCAGCUAUUGCUGCCUGUCCUGGUGUUCCUGAUAGCCAAUGGGAACAGACUUAUAAAAAACCAGCUGGUGGUAUAAUUACUGUUCGUUCUGAAAUGGGUGAACCAAUUCACAAGAUCGCCACUCGUGGUGUUAUGUUUUGGAAAGAAAUGGAUGACACUAUAUUUUCCUUGCCAAAAAACAAGCUAGAAGACGCAUUGGCUGCUAAGAAGGACUACAUUAUUUCUAAAUUGAACUCAGACUUCCAAAAACCAUGGUUUGCUACUGUUAAUGGUCAGGUCCGUGAUAUUACUGAUAUGACUUAUGAAGAGGUUGCCAAUAGACUGGUUGAGUUGAUGUACAUUAAAUCUACUUCCAAGUGGAUUGAUGUUACUUUGAGGAACAUGACUGGUGACUUUUUACGUCGUGUUGAGGAACGUUUUACCAAGAGCAAAACUUUAUCUGUCAUUCAAUCAUUUGCCGCUUUGGAUGAGCCAAAAAAAGUUUUGGAUUUAGUCUUUUCUACUUAUCCAGCUGCCAAAAAGCAGUUUUUAAAUGCUCAAGAUGUUGAUUACUUUUUGGCUUUGUGUACCAGAACAAUUCAAAAGCCUGUUCCUUUUGUUCCAAUUUUGGACAAGAGAUUUGAAUUUUUCUUCAAAAAAGAUUCCUUGUGGCAAUCUGAAAAUUUGGAAACAGUUGUUGACCAAGAUGUCCAAAGAACUUGUAUUUUGCAUGGUCCUGUUGCUGCUCAAUUCACCAAUGAUAUCGAUGAACCUGUUAACCAUAUUUUGGAUGGCAUUCAUGAUGGUCACAUUGAAAAAUUGUUAAAGGAUUAUUACAACGGAGAUGCUUCCAAGGUUCCUGUAGUUGAAUAUUUCGGCGGUGAAGAUCCAAUUCCAGUUGCCAAGGAAGAGGCUAAAAUCACUUUGAAGGCCGAUGAAAUUGCCUCUGUUACGGAAUGGUUCAAAUUGUUGGCUGGUGGUGAAAAGAACUGGAGACACGCUUUUUUCACUGUUGAUCACAUUGUGCAAGGAAAGAUGUAUGGUUUGAAUCCUGUUAAAAAAGUUUUCACUCCAAACACUGGUGCAAUUCUUGAAAUCGAAAAUGCCUCUGAUCCUAAAAAGACUGUUAUUAGUUUGUUUGAACCUGUUCAAGGUGUAUCCAAGAAAACGGCUGUUUUGAAGUUAGGUAAGGAUAACAUUAUUGAAUUUGAUUUGAUUGAAACAAGAACCAUUGAUGGGAACCCUGUCGCACUACCAUUGUUUUACACUUACUCACCAGAUGAUGGAUUUUCUCCAAUCUCCGAAAUAACCGAGAAGCGUAACCAACGUAUUAAGGAAUUCUACUGGAAAUUAUGGAUCGAUGAGCCAAUCAACCUUGAUUUUGAUGUUCACAAGGUCAUUGAAGGUCCAAAGGUUAAAGUUAAUGCCAAAGAUAUUUUGGAAUUUACACAUGCCAUUGGUAACAAUUGUGAAGAUUUUGUCCAUAGAAGUGGUAGAAAGAUACUUGCUCCAAUGGAUUUUGCCAUUGUAUUGGGUUGGAGGUCUAUUAUUAAGGCUAUUUUCCCUAAUUCCGUUGAUGGUGACUUAUUGAAACUAGUUCAUUUGUCUAACGGUUACCAAAUGAUUCCAGGUGCCAAACCAAUCCAGGAAGAUGAUGUGAUUUCCACCUCAGCUGUUGUUACCUCUGUUGUUAAUGAACCAAACGGCAAGGUUGUGGAAGUCAUUGGUACUUUAUCCAACGAGGGCAAGCCAGUGAUGAAUGUUACUUCUAAGUUUUUCUACCGUGGCAAAUACAACGAUUUCCAAAACACUUUUGCUGUUGUAAAGGAGCCUGCUUACCAGGUUACUUUCAAAUCACCUAAAGAUGUCGCUGUUUUGUUAUCAAAAGAGUGGUUCCACUUAGAAAAUGAAGAUGUUGACUUGUUGAACAAAACUUUGAGUUUUGAAAUAAAAACUGAUGUCACAUAUAAGGAACAAAACGUUUUCAAUUCUAUUAGAUCCGCUGGUGAUGUCAUGGUUGAAUUGCCAACUAAAGAAAUCAUUAAGGUUGGUGAGGUUGAGUAUGAAGCUGGUGAAUCCCAUGGUAACCCAGUUAUUGACUAUUUGACCAGAAAUGGUUCUCCAUUUGAAGAAAAAGUUCAUUUUGAAAACGAAAUUCCAAUUGCCGUCAAGGAGACCCAGGCUCCAAGCACUAAUGAGCCAUAUGCUAGAGUUUCUGGUGAUUUGAAUCCAAUUCACGUUUCCAGACAUUUUGCUUCUUAUGCCGGGUUGCCAGGCACCAUUACACAUGGUAUGUAUUCAUCUGCUGCAAUCCGUGCAUUGGUUGAAACUUGGGCUGCCGACAAUGUUUCUUCCAGAGUUCGUGCUUUCAAGUGUGAUUUUGUUGGUAUGGUUUUGCCAAACACCGUUUUGACUACAUCUAUUAAACAUGUUGGUAUGAUUAAUGGUCGUAAAUUAAUAAAGGUUGAAACUAGAAACACCAAAGAUGAAGUUGUUUUGACCGGUGAAGCUGAAGUUGAGCAACCAUACACCACAUUCGUUUUCACGGGUCAAGGUUCUCAAGAGCAAGGUAUGGGUAUGGACUUGUAUGAGAAGUCAGAAGUUGCUAGAAACGUUUGGGAUAGAGCUGAUAUUCGUUUCAAGGAAAACUAUGGUUUUUCCAUUAUUGAUAUUGUCAAGAACAAUCCAAACGAGUUAACUGUUCAUUUUGGUGGUGAGAAGGGUAGAAAAAUCAAGGAAAACUAUGCAUCUAUGGUCUUUGAGACCAUUGUUGAUGGGAAAUUGGUUUCUGAAAAGAUUUUCAAGAGCAUCAAGCCAGAGACGACUUCUUAUACGUUUAAGUCUCCAAAUGGUUUGUUAUCUGCUACUCAGUUCACACAACCGGCUUUGACCUUGAUGGAAAAGGCAGCCUUUGAAGACAUGAAAUCCAAGGGUUUGAUUCCAACUCAAGCCACUUAUGCUGGUCACUCUUUGGGUGAAUUUGUCACUGUUUCUUUGGCUGAUGUUAUGACCAUUGAGUCGUUGGUUGAAAUUGUUUUCUACAGAGGUAUGACUAUGCAAGUUGCUGUUCCAAGAGAUGCCUUAGGAAGAUCUAACUACGGUAUGAUUGCUGCCAAUCCAAGUAGAGUUUCCAAGACAUUUAACCAAGACGCCUUGAAGUUUGUUGUUGCUACUGUGAACAAAAGAACCACUUGGUUAUUGGAGAUUGUCAACUACAACGUGGAAAAUCAACAAUAUGUUUGUGCUGGUGAUUUAAGAGGUUUGGACACUUUGGGCAAUGUUUUGAAUUUUAUUAAGUUGCAAAAGAUUGAUAUUGCUAAAUUGCAAGAGUCUAUGUCUUUGGAACAAGUUGAGGAACAUUUGAAUGAGAUUAUUGAUGAAGUUUCCAAGAAAUCCUUGGCUAAACCUCAACCUAUUGAAUUGGAAAGAGGGUUUGCCACAAUUCCAUUGCGUGGUAUUUCUGUUCCAUUCCAUUCUUCGUACUUGAGAAGUGGUGUGAAGCCAUUUAGAAACUUUUUAAACAAGAAUAUUGUCAAGGAAAAUGUUAAGGUCGACAGAUUAGUUGGACAAUAUAUUCCAAACUUGACUGCCAAACCAUUCCAAAUUACUAAGGAAUACUUUGAAGACGUUUAUGAAUUGACACAUUCUGAAAAGAUUAAGGAAAUUUUGGAUAACUGGGAAAAGUACGAAAACUGA